AUGGCGGACGAAGAAAAUUCGCCUGAUUAUUGCCCUGAAAAAAUUACCCCAGAACUAAAUGACGUACAUGCAGAUAAAUCAAAGAUAGCGAAUAAGGCCAAUCUAUUACAAUGGAUGGAAAUAACAGUUUCAGAACCAGAAAAAAGAACAAAUGCAUCAAUGAAAAUGCAGGACACAUUCAUUGUAUAUUUGAUAGAAACAAGAGUAACAGAUGAAAAUAUGAAGGGUUUCAAUGAUGGAGCUACGUCACUAUGGAGAAGAUAUAGUGAAUUUGAAUUAUUAAGAAAUUAUUUAGAAAUUAUGUAUCCUACUAUAGUCAUACCUCCCUUACCAGAGAAAAAGGCAUCGUAUACUUGGCAGAAUGCUGCUACAGAUAAAUUUGAUCCUGAAUUUAUUGAAAGGCGGAGAGCUGCAUUAGAGGUAUUUUUAUUACGGGUAGCUGCUCAUUCUAUAUUAUCAAAAGAUAAAAUAUUCCUUGGUUUCAUGCAGCAGGAUGCAGGCUGGAAAGAUACUGUUUAUAAUACUGACUUCCAGAGUAAGGCUGAUUCCAAAUUAAAGGCUAUAAGUGCCUCUUUUAGAUUAAAAAAGCCAGACAGAUUUGAAGAAGUGAAGAAUUAUGCUAAUGAAUUACAGGCCAAUAUUUCUAAUCUUCUCAAAAUAAGAGCUAGAAUGGCAGAUAAGUUAUAUGGUAUACAUAAAGUACAUGGUAACUAUGCUAGAGUAUUUGGUGAAUGGAGUUGUAUAGAGAAAGAUAUGGCUGAACCCCUACAGAGUGCUGGUCACUAUAUGGACGUAUUAUCUUCCUCUAUAGAUCCAAUGUUAGAAGAAGAAGAACAUUUUGCUGAUCAGUUGAAGGAAUAUUUAGCCUUUGGUGAUGCUUUACGGUCUGUAUGUAGGAAGUAUGAAUGUGUACAGUAUGAUUUAGAGAAAGCAGAAGAUACAUUGUCAUCUAAAGCUAAAGAAAGAGAUAUGUUGGUACAAGGAAAACCAGCAGGUGCAUUCUCUAUAACUGGUAUGAAAUCUAAAAUAUUUGGUAGUGAUACCCCAGAACAGAGAGAUUUGAAAAUAAAACAACUUGAAGAACAAAUAAAACAGGCAGAGAUUGAUGUGAAACAGGCUACACAAGAAACACAAUUACAUGUACAAAGUGCCCUGAAAGAUAUUGAACGUUUUCAACGUCAAAAAGUUAAAGAUUUACACGAUAUUUUCACCAAUUAUGCCAUUAUGCAAAUUAAACAGUGUAAGAAGGGUAUUGCAAUAUGGACGAGUGCUAAAGAUUGUUUUGCUAAAAUUUGA